GGAAGGAGCAGGGAAGUAGGGCUCUAUGUAAGGCGCUGGCACAGGAGUGCAACAGUAGCAACAGCAACAGUGAAAUUGAAGUAGUCCCGCGUUGCAGUGACAGCCAUGGUGCAGCGAGCAGACAUGGACAGCAGCCAGCACACUGAGCCCGACACGGAGGAAGGGGAGUUCAUGGCGUGCAGCCCGGCGGCUCUGGAUGAGAGUGACCCAGACUGGUGCAAAACGGCCACCGGGCACAUCAAGCGGCCAAUGAACGCCUUUAUGGUCUGGUCCAAGAUCGAGCGGCGGAAGAUUAUGGAACAAUCCCCGGACAUGCACAACGCCGAGAUCUCCAAGCGCCUGGGGAAACGCUGGAAAAUGCUCAACGACAGCGAGAAAAUCCCCUUCAUCAGGGAAGCCGAGCGGCUGCGGCUAAAACACAUGGCCGACUACCCCGACUACAAGUACCGGCCCAGGAAAAAACCUAAAGUGGAUCCUACCGCCUCCAAGUCGCCGACCCUGGCUCAAUCCCCGGAGAAAAGCCCCAAGAGCCGCAGCGCGGGCAAGAAAUGCCCCAAACUGAAACCCAGUCACAGCGGCAACAGCUCCAAGUCGCUCAGCAUCAAGUCCGAGUACGGGGUCGGCGGCGACUAUGUGUUCGGCAGCCCCAAGUCGUCCGGCAAAGCGGCCGUGAUGAAAUGCGUCUUUAUGGACGAGGACGAUGAGGAGGAGGAGGAGGAUGAAGAAGAAGAGGACGAGCUGCAGAUCAGGAUCAAACAGGAGGAAGACGACGAGUCGCUGCGACUUUACAAUGUGGCCAAAGUGCCGGCCAGUCCGACCCUGAGUUCAUCCUCGGCCGAGUCGGUGGAAGGCGCCAGUAUGUACGAGGAUAUUCGCAACGGCACCCGCCUCUACUACAACUUCAAGAACAUCACCAAGCAAAGCACAAUCCCCCAAGCCACCAUCACCCUGGCCCCCCGACCCCUCCUCGCCACUACCUCACCCGCCGGCAGCCACGAGCUCCUCUUCGAUCUCAGUUUGAACUUCACCCAGCAGAACCCUCAGCUCCCCGACCCCAACUCAGGAAACGUCUCCCUCUCCCUGGUGGACAAGGACUUGGACUCUUGUAGCGAGGGAAGCCUGGGCUCCCACUUCGACUUCCCCGAUUACUGCACCCCCGAACUCAGCGAGAUGAUCGCAGGCGACUGGUUGGAAGCCAACUUUUCAGACUUGGUCUUCACUUACUGAAUCAGUGGGACCUUUUUUUUUUUUUGUUUGUUUGUUAAUAAUUAAUAUUAUUAUUCAAAAUUUUUGUUGUUGCUGGGGAGACAAAUGGAUGGGGGGAGGGGUCCCCCAAAAUUAUUUAACUCCCAUCAACUUCUCAGUACAGAUUUAAAGGGCUGUUCUUGUAUCUUUUUUUUUUUAUAUAUCUAUAUCAACGUCCAGCCUUUGAAUUUGGGCGAUCGCUGUAGGAGGAUGAGGAGGGCCAUGAUGGACAUAGAUUUUUUUUUUUUUUUUUUAAAAACCCCAGAAAGCUUAAAAAAAAAAAUUGGGUCUGAGAACAAAAAAAAAAUGUCAUUUCUUGGCAGCUCAAGGGAGGGGGGCACUUUAUUAUUAUUUUCUAACGUUAUUCUGCUGGGAAACACAAAAUAAAAAAGACUUGACAAUAUUUUUUUGGAAGGAGAAACACAACUGAUCUCUUCUAUGCAUCUGAUUGUCAAACUGCAGGGAGUUGCAACAGGACGACACAACUGCUACACUCACACACAACUGUGAACCCAUUCUCAAGGAACACUUUUUUUCCUUCUUACAGGACAGUUUUUUUUUUUUUUUUACUUGCAAACUACCGUUUUAUUAUUUGUAACCAGUUCCCUUUUUUUAUUACCUCCUUGAAUCCAGACAACCCCAGACCUCAGUAACAAAAAAAAAAAAAAAGUGGAAAAAAAAAAGGUAUUGAAACAUUUUUUGAUACAUAACAGACCUCAGUCUUUUUUAAAAAUGUAAACUAUUUUCAGGCGUAUUUUUGUACAGUUUAAAAGAAAAAAAACAUUCCUGCUGUUUUUUUUUUUUCUUGGUUCCGUGAGACUUUCAGGCACUUCCUAUCUCCUCUCUGUCUUAGCAUGCAAGUUUGUCGGUAACGUUAAUGUCCUGGUUAAAGGAUUAAAAAGAAAAUAUAUGUAAAAAAAAAAACAAAAAAAAAUUCUUGCAUCUAAAAAAAAAAGGCCUUGUGGUUUUAAAACACUUUUUUUUUUUUUUUUUUGUACAGCUAUAGUUCAGAUUUGUUGAAUAUUUGUAGGUAAAGAUUUAUGGAAAAUGGUGAUCUAGACCUCAGAGCUGUUAGCUUAAAAGAUUGUAUAUGUAAUGUAUUAUAGUAGGACUCUAUGUAUAUCAUAUGCUGUGAUAUGUGGAUGGACCCUGGUGAAUGCUAUGGGAACUGGAUCCUCCCAAUGAUUUUAUUUGGCAGAAGGCACAUCAUACUUAAAAAUUAAGAAGGUUUCUCGUGUGCAAUAUAACCUGGGAAAGAUACUAGGACAGACCCAUCUGCAUAUUUUGUAGCAAAUGAUGGAAAAGCAGACUCGUGCACUCCUCUUUUGCCUGUUUUCCUAAUGCUGAAAGUCUGUGUCUUUGAUGAUUUUAAAUAAAUCAGCUGGAACUGAUAG